AUGGUUGUUAUCCGCUCCGCCUCGAAGAAAGCUCCCACUGCCAUCGCCAUGUUUAACAUGGGGGGACCGUCUACUCUACCUGAAAAUUAUGUCGGUCCAUGGAUAGCUAAGCGUCGGACUCCUCGAAUUGCUGAUCAAUAUGCGCAGAUUGGCGGCGGUUCACCCAUUUUAAAGUGGACUAACAUUCAAGGCGAGAGUAUGUGCAAGAUUCUCGACGAGAUUCGUCCAGAGAGUGCGCCACACAAGCACUAUGUAUUCUUCCGCUAUGCCAACCCGCUGACAGAGCAGUCGCUAAUCCAGAUGAAGGAGGAUGGUGUCACUCGUGCGAUCGCCUUCUCGCAGUACCCACAAUGGUCAUGCACGACAUCAGGAUCCAGUAUGAAUCACUUGUGGCGUGAACUCGAUCGUUUGAACAUGAAAGAGGAUUUUAAGUGGUCAGUAAUUGACCGCUGGAAUACUCACCCAGGGUACAUUUCGGCGCUGGUGAAAUGUGUCACGAAGGGCCUCGAGCAGUACGCAGCGGAAGAUCGCGACAAAGUGAUCAUCAUGUUCUCAGCUCACUCUGUGCCCAUGAAAACAGUGUACAAGGGUGAUUCGUAUGUGAACGAGAUUGCUGCUACGGCCGACCGCGUGAUGAAACAAUUUGCAGGAAAAAAUCCGCACAUUCUAAGCUGGCAGUCAAAGGUUGGCUACUUGCCAUGGAUGGGACCGAGCACCAGCGACGUGAUUGAGCGGUUCGGAAAACAGGGCCACAAACACGUUAUGGCUGUACCCGUUGCGUUUACGUCGGACCACAUCGAGACUCUGUAUGAGAUCGAUAUUGAGUAUGGAGAAGAAGCGAAGGCUGCUGGCAUUGCUAACUUUACGCGAUGCCCGUCUUUGAAUGAUGAACCCCUGCUGUUUAAGGCACAAGCCGACAUUGUGAAGGAACACUUGGACUCAAACAUGUUACAUUCGAGCGCUUAUCCUCUCAAUUGCGCAGGAUGCACGAAUCCCAUGUGCCGUACCAUCGUAAAUCCGGUUAAAGCUUACGAAAAGCUUUUGUAUUGGCGUAUAUUUAUGCUGUCAUCACGUGAAAGGCUAUUAGAACGUCAAGGGCAACACGCCCCGCCCCGCCACGAAUACUUGCAGCAAAUUAUUGGCGAAUUCCAGCAUUCACCUGAUCUUCUUCGGAAAGAAGAAAUCAUUGCGAAUCUAGCAAAUUUUGCUUAUGAUCCCAUCAACUACGCGUCUCUUGGUCAUCUACGAAUCAUGAAGUUUUUUCUCGACAUCCUAGUCGAUGAUCAAAAUGGCGAAGGUAACCAAAAUGGCGAAGCUAUCUUGAGAUCCAAAUCCCAGACUAAAAAAGAAUUAACCCGAAUUUAUAGUUUACACAAGAAACAUUUGGUGGAGUUUGCCUUGGGAGGCAUCUGUAAUUGCAUUCCGGACCCCACACUGCAGCAAGAUUUUAUAAAGGAUGAUGGAGUGAAGAUCGUGGCACCUUAUAUUCUCAACUUUUCGCUCGAAAAAGAAUUAACGUCCACCUCGGAGCUCAAUGUGAUUGUAUUCAGUAUUACAAUCGCGUACUUCCUACUAGACUCAAGUGCAUUUGCCGAAAUUACUUCUGACAAAUUCUUGGACAAGCUCAAGUCACUUCAGAGCCAUCGCACAGUGCAAAUUGCAAACACCGCAGCUUCAUUUUUCAGUCGGCAUUUAGAGUUAACGCAAAGUAGUAAUAAUAAGUCUGUUGUAUCGUAA